AUGGAAAGGUAUAAAGAGAAAAUAGGAUGUUUAGUUCACAUACCUAAUGUUGGCCGUGGAAAGUUAAAGUAUCUGGGACCUGUAGAAGGCAAACCUGGUAUUUAUGCGGGGGUUGAUCUCUUAGCUAAUAUUGGCAAAAAUAAUGGCAGCUUUGGGGAGCGACAAUAUUUCGAAAGUGAAUAUCCACACAGCGGACUAUUUGUACAAUUAGAAAAAUUGAUUCCCUUGAUUGAGUCAACUUAUGAUUCGAAAAAGGAUCCCUUGGCUAUAGAAUCAUCCCCUCAAAAUGAGAAGGAAAACGUACAAAAUAAAGAGAGGAACCUCUGGAGCAGUGAAACAACAAUUCAAAAGACAUCAACAGGGAAUAAUCAACAGUCACCAACGCUUGUAAAUAAUCUUUUGACAUCUUCUGACGGAAAGUCACCAAAACACGAUGAUUUUAAAACAACUCCAAGCUCAGGGAAGCAUGAAUCAAAAUCAAGUUUAGGUUACAGUGAUGUUGAUGGAGACGUAUGUAUGUCAGCUCUUUCUUCUAAAGAUGCGGUGCCAUACAGCGAAUACUAUUCAUCAAAGAGUUAUAGAGACCAACAGCUUCGCAUAGAGAAGCAUGAAAAGGAAAUUAUGCAGUAUAAAAAGUUAUUGAAUGAACAACGAGUACUACUCGAAGAACUGCAACCUGCAAUUGAGGAGUAUGAGAAAAAUAUGCUUCUUGUGGAAAAAGAAAACCAAGAACUACGAUAUCAAUUGAUCAAGCAACAGGAGCAACAGGAAAAACAAAAGCAAUUUUUUGAGGGUGAACAUGAACAACUACUUACUGUUGUUGAAGAAUUACAUGAACAAAUGAAGUCUAAUGAAAGAUAUUUCAAGAACAGCUCAGGAACUUGUUUGCCCAAAGAUUAA